UGAAGGCACAGUCAACUUCGUGUAUGUAAACUUCUGACCCACUGGAAUUGUGAUACAGUGAAUUAUAAGUUAAAUCAUUUGUCUGUAAACAAUUGUUGGAAAAAUUACUUGUGUCAUGCACAAAGUAGAUGUCCUAACCGACUUGCCAAACUAUAGUUUGUUAACAAGAAAUUUGUGGUGUGGUUGAAAUAUGAGUUUUAAUGACUCCAACCUAAGUGUAUGUAAUCUUCUGACUUCAACUAUAUGUCUGCACAACAGAGAAUUCUUAAUAGUUUUUACAAUAAUGGACGCAUCUCUGUUGGGGGCUGUAAAAAAACAAAAUUAGGAUCAAAAUAUAAUGGGGUUGGAUCUUGAUUUACAGCAAUAACUGAGAAAAUAAGUCAUACAGGAAACACUACCUUUUAAGGAAUGCAAUGGUACGUCAUGGAACCUGUUAGAGGGUGCAGCCAAGGUGUGAAGAAAAUGUGAAAAGUACAGUAGAUGACGUAAAUCAAUAGUUCGGUCAUUCUUCAAGAGACCUUAUAAGACACCAGUUAAUGGACUGCUACCGAUUCAUUGAAGGACUUACUUUGAAUUUGAUACUGGUUAAAUACAGUGAACUCUGUCAUGAGCUGGAAGUCCUGGGUCGCUCAAAUAUGUUUUGUUUCUCUCCUCACCAUCAAGGCAUCCUAUUCUGUUGAAUUUGAGAUCAGUGUUCCUCGUGAGCCUCAACUUGCCAUCGUGGGGCAGUAUGUGGUCCUAGACUGCAGCUUCACUGUGGGAAAGGCCUGGGACCUGGACAACAGUGUGAUAACAUGGCAGAGAGGGCUGGAGGUGAUACACAGUUUCUACCACGGACAGGACCAACUGGACAGACAGAGCAGUCACUAUACCAACAGAACCAGCCUGUACCACUCUGAGAUGGAGAGGGGUAAUGCUUCUCUCAGGCUGGACCGUACCAACCUGGGGGACAAAGGAGACUAUACCUGCUGCGUGAGCACACUGCUGGGCAGUAAGACGAAAACCUUUGCCCUGAAAUUAGCAGCAUACUACCCUGAGCCACACCUGAAGUUCACAGCAUCUCCAAGAUAUGUGGAGCUACUCUUGACCUCACAGGGAGGGUACCCGCGACCCUCAGUGCAUUGGCUGGAUGACAGCGGUGAUGAUGUCACCAAUAACACAGUCACAAACAUCUCAGAGGACACACAGGGUCUUUACACUGUGUUCAGUACAUUAAAUCUACAGGGACAAGUCAACGAGACCAUCACCUUCGUCUUAAAGAACAAGGCCCUGGGACAGGAGAUCAGGAGAGAGAUCACACUUCACUCAGCAACUGAGAGGUCGUCAGUGGAAAAAGGCAGAAUUUCUGGAGACAACAAGAAGAGAUGGAUAAUUCUUGUUCCCAUAGUGACAUUUGUACUGCUGUUGUUUGUACUAUUAAUGCCAGCACUGAGAAAUUACGUGCCAUGGCCAUCGGAGAAACCAUCACCUGUCUACAAAACACCAUCAGGCUCAUAAGUCAUCACAAAUGUACUUUAUAACGGAGAAAAAAACAAGACAUUAAGGAAUGAAUGGAUCUAUGGCGUCAACAUGAUUCUUGCCAGUGUUUGCAAUACAGCCCGUAGUAUCUUUCCAAGAAGUUACUGCCAUAGUACUUUAUAGUUCACCAUGUAAAUGUGGGUGCUACUUAGUUUCUUCUCAAACACAGAAAUGUUUGCCAAUGUAUUUAUUCAGAGAAAGAGACAAAAAGUGGAAUAAUACAUAUUUAUAUUUAUUUAAA